GAACUGGACUUUCAUUCAGGCAGUGUAAAGACAGCCCGGGGUCCUUCAACGUCGUCAUGUUUACAAAGGUACCAGGAAGUGAAACACAACUUGCCAAAAUGCCACAGAGCUCACAAAACACAGACGCUCCUCUUUUUGGGGAAGAUGACGACAAAAGAAAGAGCAAACUCAGACAUCCAGUGGUCUCCUUCCUGCACCUCUUCUUCCGAACAAGUGCCAUCUUUGUCUACUUAAUGUGUGACUUCUUCCGCGGUCACUUUAUUGCCUCCAUGGUCACAAUCAUUCUCCUGCUAUCCUGUGAUUUCUGGACAGUCAAGAAUGUAUCGGGCAGAUUGCUAGUGGGCCUUCGGUGGUGGAAUCGUGUGGAUGAGGAUGGAACAAGCCACUGGGUGUUUGAGGCUAAGAAGGAAGGCGGUCUGGACGUGACUGAGUCACAGGUCUUCUGGGUCGGCCUCAUUGUUUUCCCCAUCCUUUGGGCCGUCUUUGUGUUUAGCCUCAUCUUUUCUUUUCAGAUCAAAUGGCUGGCUGUUGCAAUUAUGGGUUUGGUGUUGCAGUCCGCUAAUCUAUACGGCUACGUCCGAUGCAAAGUGCGAGGGAAGUCGGGCUUCAGCACCAUAGCACAGAACUACCUCGGUGCGCAGCUUUUUAAACAGGCUUUGAUGAAAACGUAAGAGGUCAAAGAAGACAGAUGACAACAAUAUUCAGUGUAAUGGAUGCACACAUGCAGAAACAUUAUUUGGGAUGUGGGUGUUAUUUUUAGGCUGCUCUACACAUAUUUUCACCUUGAACUUGGACAAU